CUUUUUUUGGGUCAUUUUGUGUCUUUUUUUAAAUCAUUUUGUGGUCAAUUUGUGUCUGUUUUACUUUGUUGAGGAACAGGAAGUGCUCUGACGUCCUCCUGCCAACUUGACGCCGUAGAAGAAGAAGAGGGGUGUGUUAGCCUGAUGCUAGCUAAUGAUGCUAACUGGCUGAGCUGAAGUUGACUUUCACUUUGUGCCAGUCUGGAGAAGCGUCUCUCUCCGGGAGCUGCUUCAUGGGAAACCAGACUAGAACCCGUCCUCUCUGUCCCACACUCCUCUAAUGCUGGACGGACAUCUUUAACACUCUCCGGCGCCUGUUUUGACAACUUGUAGCCGGUGGCGUGUUAAAGAUUCAGCCGUUAAACGCGUCAGACACGCAGGUAGCCUCCACGGCUAGCUGUUAGCGGCUAGCCCGCUAGCUAGCUAGCUAGCAUGGAGGGCGGGGGGAGCAUGCCGAGUAACGAGGAGCGGGGAGCCGAGAAACUGAUGGAUGAGUACCUCAGGUCCCUCGGGCUGCAGCGGAAGAAGAUCGCCAAGGACGGAUCCUGUUUGUUCCGGGCUGUGGCCGAGCAGGUGCUGCACUGUCAGAGCCUCCAUACUAAAGUCAGAGCCAAGUGUGUGGACUUCCUGAAGGAGAACAGAGAAAGCUAUGAGGCGUUUAUUGAAGGCGACUUUGAGGAAUAUCUGUUCAAGCUUCAGGACCCGCAGCAGUGGGUGGGAGAGGUGGAGAUCAACGCGCUGGCUGUCAUGUACAAGAGAGAUUUUCUGAUCUUCCAGGAGCCCGGAAAACCUGCCGUCAACAUCACAGACAACAACUUCAAGGAGAAGGUCCAGUUAUGUUUCCUGAACGGGAAUCACUACGACAGCGUUUAUCCCGUCAGCUACUUCAAGAACGCAGCUCUCUGCCAGUCCGUCCUGUACGAGCUGCUGUACGACGAUGUGUUUAAAGUGGACCGGAGCUUUCUGGGGACGUGCCAGCGGUCCAGCCGGGCCAACGACCUCCUGAGUGACGACAACAUGAACGCCUGCGUCAGCAGCGACGAGUCGGACAUCGACGCCGGCGAGGCGCUGUGGGUGGAAAAUGGGACGAGUACGACGGCUCCAAGACACCAGAAUUACAGGGGCCGUGGGCGUGCUCGUCUCCUGCCUGAGCGUGCGAGGCGUUCACUGAACCCGACUCUGUUCAGGAACGUGGAGUACGACGUCUGGCACAAGACCAAGAGAGCUCAACAGAAGUUGGAUUAUUGUAUCGCUGCAGGGAUGCAGUUCACUGUGGGAGACCGCUGCCAGGUUCGUCUUGAGGCCGGUGGGCGGAGCUACAGCGCCACCGUCAGGGAGGUUCCUGCCAACAACGGCCCGGUGACGGUUUACCUGGAGGAGCUGGGGACCAGGAAGCAGGUCCCUCUGUGGUGUCUGCGUCCUCCUGGCGACAGCAGCUGGAGCACCGUGGUCAACAGAGACAAGAGGCUCAGCAACGGACACGGAGAGUGGGAGGAGCGGGGGCGGGGCCGAGGCAGGGGGCGGAGCCUCCCAGGCUCCUCCUCCUCUGCUCCCAUGGCGACGGCGCCGGGCUCCGGCGGGCGCGUACAGAAGCAGAACUCGUGGCCUCAGCAGGCCGCCGGAGACGAGCAGGGAGCAGCGAGAGCCGCCAGAAAGUCUCUGAGCUCGGUGGAGGCGGCGUUCGGUCUGACGGAGGAGCAGCGUUUGGCCAAAGAAGAGGAGGAGAGGAACGUGGCGUUGGUGGAGAUCCAACUCAGAGACGAGCUCAGCUUCCCCGCCCUCGGGGCUCAGGGUGGGCUGCAGGGUGACGGAGCCAAGAGAAAGGGAGGAGACAAGAGAAAAACCCUCAGAAACAAGACGAAGAGUCCAGUUGAAGACGUCAGAGCGCCGUCGCCCUCUGCUGGAGACACGCCCAGAUCCUCCACCCCGCCACUCGCCUCCACCGCUGAGACCCCAGCUGGCCCCGCCCCUCCAGCUGGCCCCGCCCCUCCCACUGCUCCCACUACAGCCUCCGACUCUACCAGUCGCUCCUGGCUGAGCUUCGAGGCGUCUUCAGGCAACAGAAACAUGGUCUCUGCUGCUAACAGCCUCCCACCCGUCAGUGCCGCCCCGAUGGAUAAAACAAACGCACCCUCUUCCGCCUCGGCUACUACUCCGAGUUCUCCUCCUGCUGCCCCGAGCACCAGACCUCCUGCUGCUCCUCCCUCCGCCCCCCUCUUCUCCUUCCUCACCCCUGCCCUCCCUGCUGCUGCCUCCUCCUCACCCCCGACUCCUCCCCCGCCCUCCUCCUCCUCCUCUUCUUCAUCCCUUCCCCCUAAAUCAUCCGUCUCGCCUCCUCCUUCUUCUUCUAUCCCACCUCCAACCUUCAUCGCUCCCAUCGCCCCUUCUCCCGGGUUCCUCCCUCCCUCCUCUCUCCCCCGUUCCUCCCCUCCUCUCUCCUGUCUACCCCACUCCCCCAGUCCUCCCUCCUCCUCCUCCACCUCCUCUCUCCUCCGUCAGGCUGCUAAAGUCCAAGAGGCUGCACCAGCUUCUGCACAAAAUUCUUUACCAAAUAUCGGGGGUACUCUGCUCCAAAACCAGAGCCAGAUCUCUGUGUCCAAGGCCCAGGGUGGGACCCAGACCCAGACCCAGACCCGGCCUUCUCUGCCCCAAAACAUCCAGAUCCAGAUCCAGAACAGUCUCCCUCACCUCCAGCACACUGGAAUGACCUCUCUGCCACAGACCCAGAUCCCCCUUCAGUCCCAGUCCCAGUCCCAGGUCUCUGUCCCCCAACUUCAGUCCCAGUCCCAGGUCUCUGUCCCCCACCAUCAGUCCCAGUCCCAGGUCUCUGUCCCCCACCAUCAGUCCCAGUCCCAGGUCUCUGUCCCCCACCAUCAGUCCCAGUCCCAGGUCUCUGUCCCCCACCUUCAGUCCCAGUCCCAGUCCCAGGUCUCUGUCCCCCACCAUCAGCCCCAGUCCCAGGUCUCUGUCCCCCACCAUCAGCCCCAGUCCCAGGUCUCUGUCCCCCACCUUCAAUCCCAGUCCCAGGUCUCUGUCCCCCACCUUCAAUCCCAGUCCCAGGUCUCUGUCCCCCACCUUCAGUCCCAGUCCCAGUCCCAGGUCUCUGUCCCCCACCAUCAGUCCCAGGUCUCUGUCCCCCACCAUCAGCCCCAGUCCCAGGUCUCUGUCCCCCACCAUCAGUCCCAGGUCUCUGUCCCCCACCAUCAGUCCCAGGUCUCUGUCCCCCGCCAUCAGUCCCAGGUCUCUGUCCCCCACCUUCAGUCCCAGUUCCUCUCCCAGUCCCAGUGUGAGGCGGCUCAGGUCCAGUCCUCUCCAGCUCCAGGUGCCUCCUACUCCCACACCUCUCAGGCCUCUGGUCUCAUCUCGGCCCCCCAUCCUCACCUCCAGCCUCCUCACCCCUCCCAGCUCCCUCACCCCUCCCUCUCUCUCUCCACCUCCCACCCGUCCCUCCAGUCCCAGACUCCAAACCCCCAACAGAGCCCAUCAGAGUCCACCUCGCUGCCUCCAGCUCAGCACCCAGAGUCUCCUGCUCGUGCUCUAUCUCACCCUCCUCCCCCGUCUCACCACCCGCCUCCCCCUCAGCACCAGUCCACACUGGGGGCCGUCCCUCUGCAGCAGCUGUCCCAGCUCUUCCUGGACCCGCUGUACCCCGGGUUCCCCCAGGUCCAGAAUGGAGAAGUUGCUCCCACUCCUGGUUUCUCUUCUAGCAAAUCAGGGGACGACCUGCCGCAAGAUCUCAACGUCUUGAAGUUUUUCUUCAACUUGGGCGUCAAGGCCUACACCAUGCCCAUGUUCCCCCCCUACAUAUACCUCCUCCCCCUGCAGCAGGCCCACACCAUGCACCCCAAACUCCCCUCCCGCUCCCCCUCCCCGACCCCCCAGUACCCUCCCUCCAGGCCCCAGGAGGCGUUCCCUCACCCCCAGUACCCUCCCACUUCAGCAUCCAUGCCUCCUCAGUUCGACCACCAGGCCCCGCUCGCUGAGUCCCCCCACCCCGGAGACCCCUCCUUCAACCAGACCAGGUACCCCGUCACCCAGCCGCUGCCCCCCAGAAUGUCCUGCCCCUCCACGUGGCAGCAGCACCAGAUGCCCCCUCCCAGAAACUCCAGCUACCCAGUAGGGUAUCCCAACCCAAAUCCAUCCUACCAGGCGCCCCCUUUGUCUCAGGGCUACCACCCGAGUCAAGGCCCCGGACAACCGCCGUACCCCCCUCAAUACCCCCCCUCCUCACUGGGGUAUCAGCCUCCGUCCGGUCCUGAGGAGCUCCAGGUGAGCCAGGGGGCAGUAGAGCAGCGCCAGCCCACCAACGGGGACUCCAUGUCUGGCCAGGGCCUGGGCCGGGGCCCUGGUCCUCUGGAGGGUCCUGCUGCUGCUAAGGUGGCUAAUGCCAACAACAACAGACCCGGGGUGGUUCCUGGUUUUGCCCACAAGAAGGAGCAGGGAGACAGUCAGACCAGAGUGGUGCUGCUGGUGGACCCGCCCCUCAACAACACGCCCAUAAUCACUCUGGUUUCUAACCCUGACGUUAAGGACUCCAUCACCUCCAUGAAGCCCAGCAGCUCCCCGAGCUCCCCGCCGCCUUAUGACAUGUCAAAGACGGUUGCCCCCGGCGACCACAACCCUCCCCGUGGUUACCGCGGUCACAGGAAAUCACUUAACCCCACCAACACGUAUGAGGCGGGCCAGGUGGGCUACCUGGAGUCUCUGUCUGUGGGCUGCAGCACUGAGGACGACUGGAACGAGCAGGGGGGAUUCAAACACACAACCAUCAACCACAGAGGCUCCAGGAGGAGCCACAGAGGAGGAGGAGGAGGA